AUGAACUUCGUUGUCGUCUUCCUGCUGGGAAAGACACUGGACCAGGAAGUACAGCGCAAGGUAUUCGCAGAACAGGGCCUUUACGGUGAUAUCGUUCAGGGGGACUUUCUCGACACCUACAGGAACCCCACCUACAAGACUGUGAUGCUGAUCCGCUGGGCUCGGGAAAGGUGCUCGGAGAUUAAUUUCGUGCUGAAGACCUUGGACGACAUGCGACUCAGUGUAUGGGACCUCGGCGUCGUCGUGGACGGUUUGGAGGAAGUCAAACGCACAAUGUGGUGUUAUCUGUAUCGUGAUCGUCGGGCCAACCCCAAUGUAUCCUCCAAGUGGUACGUGUCUAGGAAAGAAUGCGCGCCAGACACCUACCUCGUAUUCCUGUGA